AUGGCGCUAAACUACCCCGCACGAGAACUCAGAGCCGACAUAGUUUCGGUAAUUGCGAAUGUGGCCACUAAUGAACACAAGGCUGUUGAAUUGAGCUCUCAAAUAGCUUCCAAAAUUACCAGCGGCGAUCUAAAGUUAUUGGAGCUAGUUCUUGGCUUACGAGACUUCAUAACAUCUCCAGACCAAGUUGAUCGCAAGAAUGCUCUGCAUUGCCUAUCAAUGGUUUUAGGACAGCUGCCGGAAACUGCGUUACUAAAAAAUGACGUUUCAGUGGUUUUAGAGUUUUACUUGGGCAAAUUUGAGGAUUCCUCUUGUCUCGACGAGGUUCUGCUUGGAAUUAGCAACAUUGUUCAAAUGAAGUGCUUCUAUUCCAACCAGAUAUCUACUACUCUAGAAGCUCUUAAAGAUGAAUAUCAUCCGACACAAAAUUUGGCGGCCACCCGGUAUCACGGUUUUGUCAUCUUGGACCGACUUCUGGAUAAAUUCCAAGCGACCUUUUUGGAAAAAACCUCGUUGAGUAGCUUGCUUGUGAAAACGUUUCUGUCUGUUGCUGCAGGUGAAAAAGAUCCGAGAAAUUUAUUGAUCUCAUUUCGUAUCAAUGCAAAGAUCACAACCGCGCUCAAGGAUGUUGCUCCCUUCAAAGAAGAUCUAUUCGAUACUUUGUUCUGCUACUUUCCGAUUACUUUUAGACCGCCUGAAAAUGAUCCUUACAAAAUCACCAAUAGCGAUCUAAAAGUGGCUCUACGUGAUGCCAUAUCGGCAACUCCUUUGUUUGAAGAAGACGCGUUUGGCAAUUUGAUCGAUAAAAUGACAGCUUCAUCUCCGAGUGUGAAAAACGAUACCCUGUUGACAUUGAAAUCAUGUGUUGAGCGUUUUGGUGCAGAGUCCUGCUACAAAAACUGGCUCCCCAUUUGGAACGCCUUGAAAUUCGAGAUUAUGCACGGGUCCGACACAGAAUCGGAUGUGACGUUGCCUGAGUUCAACAAUUAUGAGGAUUCGUUAAAAGUUUUAACUGCUUUAUCCACUCAACUGGUAACUUAUAAGGAUGGGGCUUUUGAUAAGUUUUACCGUCAUAUUUUUGAUGAGCUUAAGUCAAACUUUCAAUAUGAGAAGGAUUUGAAACAGAGCUGCGCAGCUCUAUCAGCAAUCUCUAAGGCAAACUCAGUUGCUUUUGAAAAGGUGCUGUCGGAUGUCCUCGCCCUUUUUUUCGAGGGUGCAAGCGACCUGGAUGUUAACAAACAAAAACUGCUGAUCCUGAAUCUUUCAUUCUUUUUUGAUGCAUAUGCCGCUGUAUUUAAGGAGCUCAAAUUUGGAAAUGGGCCAGGGACAUUUCCGGCCAAUAAAUUAAGUGAAUAUAAGGAUGAGAUUUUGAUGCUUAUGGGCAAAAGCCUGAAGGGGAGUUCUAAAAAUGAAGUGAGCCUGAGAACAUUGUCGAUAGUUCAAAUGACAAAACUUGUUGAUCUGCCGGGAUUUUUGACGGAGGAAGAGAUUUCGCUCAUCGUACAAUACUUUACUGACACUAUACUAACUGAUGACAACAAAAACAUAUACUUCGCUUCGCUCGAGGGACUUAAAACCAUAAGCAAAAUUUCAGAGCAGGCUACCAUCCAAAUAUCUCUAAAGCAGAUGCUACUUCUACUGAAGCCUGAAGGAUCGCGACCUGGUUUUCUGAACGAUCAAAGUGGUAUUGGAGUUGAUAAGAUCUUGAAGAUAAUACUUGAUUUUACGACGUCAAAACAUCAACUCGUUGUUGAGAGCAUACUUGGCAUUACGAGGAGAUUAUAUGAGUACUCUGAUAUCUCAGAAGAUCGUGAGAUCUGCUUCGCACUUCUUUCUUGCCUUUAUUCUCUACUCGAUAAAAACCUCGAUGUUGUGUCUGAAGAAGUGGCUUGUAGCCUAAAAAAUGAGCUAGGGAGCGAACUUAUGGUGAUUGCUAGAAGAAAGCCGAUAUUUGAAGACGAUCAUAAUUUGACCUUGAUCUCUUCAGUUCUGUAUUUCAUUAAUAUCCGUCUGCCCAAAAGUUUGCAUCAAGGCGAAAUUGAUAAAACACUCGAGAGGCUUGUAACUGAUGAUCAAGUUUUUGAACGGCCAAAUAGGUCAGUCAUUGUGCUGACAAAAUUACUAUCGGCUUUCGAUAAGUCGUGUAACUUAGCGGCUGAAACCUUGAUGUCGAAGAGCUUGAGCUUAAUUCUCGAUACGAAAGUGCCAUGCACUGAAUUUGAGAAAUUGGCAUACCUUGAGCUAUUGGCGGUCCUGUCCAACAAGUGGUGUAACGAGUCUUUCGUUGAGGAAGCGCUGAACUAUGAGAAGCAAUCCAUUGCUUCAUUAGAGGUUGUUGCGUGGUGUACCAAGGGCCUAGUGAUGAAGAAUUCUUCGGUGGCAGUAAAAGUCAUCAAUAUGUUCGUCAACUUUCUCUCCGAUAGUACGUUGGGCCAAAAAGUCGCUAAGUUAUUUGAAGUUUUUGUGGUCGAUAUUCCGACGCUUGACAGAUUCAAAGGCAUAUCGUGGAACAAUAAUGUUCGGCUACUUUACAAGCAGAAGUUUUUUGGAGAUGUGGCACCCCAGUUGGUAACCGCUUACGGAGCCACAGAUGACAUGUCUAUUAAGGCAAACUACCUGAUGGCACUUUCCUGUGUUUUGAAGAACACUCCCAACACAAUCACAAUUACCUACAUCCCCAAGCUUCUAGCAUUGCUACUACAAGCAGUCAAGCUGAAUAAUAGCGAAGUUCGCUUUUCGGCUUUAAGUACCAUAAAGGGCACCAUCGAUCAAGCGCCACAAUUAAUAACCGAACAUGUCCACAGUUUGAUUCCAAUAUUGCUCGCUCUAGUGCAUCCUGGAAGUCAUAACACAUAUAUGGUCAGACUUACUGCACUUGAGAUUAUACUCAAAUUUUCCACCGACGUUCCUUUGAACUACCUGCUACCUUACAGACUUGAAGUGCUCAAUAAACUAGCAGUUGCACUUGACGACAAGAAGCGUAGAGUUCGCAAAACUUGCAUCGACACAAGGCAGGCAUUUUUCGAGCUUGGCCAGGUACCAUUUGAUUGA